AUGCAAACCGAAAUGGCAAUUCGCGCGCAGGUCGUGACACUUAGGGCUUUUACUACUAAAUCAAGUAGUGAGAUUGCCAACCUAAAAGGUCUGUCUAUCAGCUCUGUGAACCGUAUAUACGCGCGAGCUAUCGAAAGGGGUUUCAACCCACACGAAGAUCCUCUGAUUCAUGAUCGUUAUAUUGAAGAUAAACCUCGACCCGGAAGACCUGCAAAACAAGAUACCCCUAGGCAAGAAAUCAUUAUUUCGAAGGUUCGAUCAGAUCGUUAUGGACGGGAGAAAUCCUAUGCUGAUCUUGCUGGUGAUCUUAGCAAGCUUAGGAUCGAUAUAUCUGCCGAAACCCUUUGCCGAUUUCUGAAAAAAAUGACUGCGAAAAUAACAUUUAGUCAGACAAAGCUUCCGUUAUUUUGCUUUAUCGACGAGGUGGAUAUUGAAUUUAGCGAACUCCGAGUGAAGCUUAAUCUCGAUAUUAUAUCCAUACCCAAGACUACUUCUAAGAAACGCGAAGCCGAGAAAGCUAUGAACAAAUUGAAAACGUUCUUAGAGCCUAAACCUCAUUAG